UCCCUGCAAGAUAACUAACCUGCUUUGCUUAGGGCUAGGAUCUAAAGAAAAGAAUAGAAAAUGUCUUCAGCUGUUGUAGGAACUUUCUCGGCAUCCAAACAAAUUGGUUUCAAGGAAAAAACCGAAAGUGAAGAAGAGUCGAGAGAUGAGAAGAACAAGAAGUGUGUUGAUGAUGGUGUUGUUGAAGCUAACAACAACAACGAUGAUGAUGAUGAUGAUAGCAAGGUGAAAUCAGAGAAGGAAUUGGAUCUUGGUCCUCAGUUUUCUCUCAAAGAACAGCUUGAAAAGGACAAGGAUGAUGAAAGUUUGAGGAGAUGGAAAGAACAACUUCUCGGUAGUGUCGAUAUGUCCACGGUCGGAGAGAGCAAAGAGCCCGAAGUUACGAUAUUAAGCCUAUCGAUCCUAUGUCCGGGGCGACCGGACAUAUUGUUGUCGAUUCCAUUCGCUUCGAAACCUAAGAGCUCUCUGUUUAUGCUAAAAGAAGGAAGCAAGUAUCGUCUCAAAUUCACCUUCAGUGUCUCCAACAACAUCGUCCCCGGUCUCAAAUACACCAACACUGUUUGGAAAACUGGUGUUCGAGUGGACAACACAAAGCUAAUGUUGGGGACAUUUAGCCCACAAAAGGAGCCUUAUACAUAUGAAUUGGAAGAAGAAACUACUCCAUCUGGCUUGUUUGCUAGAGGCUCCUACUCUGCAAGAACCAAGUUUGUUGAUGAUGAUGGCAAAGUGUAUUUGGAUGUGAGUUAUCACUUCGAAAUCCAGAAGAACUGGCCUUCACGUUCUUGAAAACACUUUAUCUAUUAGAAUAAAAA